UGUUUUGAUAGACGUUGUUACAUUUAGCAAUCAAAAAUGAUUGUAUGCCAUCAUCUGUGUGCAUUCUCCUAGAAGCUGGAUGCAAUCCAAAUCUAAAAGAUAAAGAUGGAAAUACAGUUAUCCAUUAUACUGUUCAGUAUGAUAAAACGGAGUGCCUGGAAGAACUUAUCAAAUUUCAGAAAAAAUCUAAAAUGGAUCUUAAUUUAUUAAAUUUUGAAGGAUUAACUCCCCUUCACAUUGCUGUAAAAGUCGGGAGAUUUGAACAAGUGAAACUGCUAUGUUCAGCUGAUAUAAAUAUCAAUGCAACAGAUGGUACUACUGGAAGAACAGCAUUGCAUUAUGCUGUUCAGUUCUGUCCAGCAUUAAUACCAGUUUUAUUAAAUCAGUCUGAAAUAAUUAACGGUCCUAAGGAUUAUGGUGGAAAUACUCCGUUGCAUCUUGCCCUUUCUCGUAAAUUAGGCCAAGAUAUAAUUUCGAUGCUAAGUUCAGGAAAUAUAAUACAUCAAACAAAAAGUGAUGACGAAUCUGAAGAAUCAUCAUUUUCUAGUGAUGACGAAAAAUUAUUCGACGAUGAUCUCCAGAGCAAUUUAGUGGAAGAUUUUAAAGAAAAAGCCGAACUUUGCAUCGAUUCGAACAAAAAAGACGUUAACUUGGAUUCUGGAUAUCAAAGUAGUAGACGUAGUCUCUGCUUUCGUGGGAUCUCCUGGAAGUCGCCGUCUUUUCUUCUCCGCCACCCGUGACUCUUCGGGGGAAGGCGGUUUUAGAGCCGGUACCGAGAACGAAAUGCUCUUGACUGGAAGAAUCCUUAUUAUGGCAAAACUGUUUCCGGAGGCGGAGCUUUCCGCCGACCACACUUUAGA